GCGGCCCUCGGACAAAAACACGAGCAAAUCAGCAGCUGACAAAAGCAAAAUAAAUUUACGCAAAAGUCGGUGGAAUUUAAUUUAAUUUAAACUCAUUUUACUCCUUCUGUCAAUUAAAAUUUGGUCAAUUGGAAUAGUUAAUUUAUUUUCACUUAUCUUAUUUAAUCUCACUCAGGUGUGUAAAUUGGAGAAAUUUAAACGAUAAUAAAUUUUACCGGUGAUAAUUUCUAUUUCAUAUUGAAAAUUUUAAAGGCCGUUAUUCUUUUUUACGGGUAAAAUGUCGAAAGAAGACGAGCUUUUGAAAUCCCAGAAAAAAGGGAGAGGACAUAUUUUGCAAGAUUUACUUUCCUCCACGGUCCUUAUCCACAGGUCAAAUUUUGACCCCUCACGACAAGAUGACAACUUUCCCCUGAAAACUGAGGAAGAUAAUUCACCCCCAGAAUUAUUAACGUCUUCCUGUUCAAUCUGCACCGAAUCGACGAAUCUGCGCCCUCUCGCCGUCCAGGAAAUGGAAAUUCUUGCCAAAUUCGUCCUAAAUCAGGAGCAAAUUUCUCUCAUUUUUCAAACUGACCAUCAUCCUGCCAUAUUUUGUUGCAAAAUUUGCUCCUCCGCGAUCCUCUCCUUGGCCAAGUUGUCCACGCAGAUUGAAAAUAUUACCAUUUCUCUCCGUGCCGUCAUCUCCAGCAGGAACGGACUGUUCAAUAAAGGGCGAAAUGAACCUGCAAAAAUUACCGCUGCCUUUAAAAUUGCUGCGGACAGUAUUGCGAACGACCAAAUGUUGACAGGAUGCCUUGAAGAGGAGGAAGACUUCAAAAUUAGUGAACUCUCCUACCAAGCCGCCGCUAAUAUCGGCCGUCCUCCCGUCAAGAUUUCGAACAAUGAAGAUAACCUACAAUUACCUGGAGGCCUUGAAGACGAGCAAGAAUUCGCGAUAAAAGUCGAGCCAGUCUAUGACGACGACUACAUUUCUGAAAAUGACGACCAGGACUCCAACCUUGUAAAUUCUGAGGGCGAAGAUUUAUCCAAAUUUACGUGCACAAUUUGCCAACCCAACGUCUCCUUUGAAAGGAAUUACAGUCUUCAGCGUCACCUGAGAACGGCGAAAAUUCAUGCGGACCUCACCGAGGCUGAUAUUGCGGCUUUAGUGAAGAAGGCGAAGAGAUACAGACGCCCCCUCCCCCCCAAACGGAAGCCAGUUUCGUGUCCCCACUGUGACCAGAGGUUCACCUCGUACCGCGGCAUGUACCGACACAAGCGCUCUUCUCAUGACGAUCUCCAGCGGAAAUGCGCCCUUUGCUCGCACCACGUCACGAGCUUAAUUGCCCUUCAGAUGCACAUGCGCAGACAUCACAAGGUUCCCGUCUCCCGCCCAGAAGGCCUUUAUUCCUGCGACAUGUGUGCAAGAACCUUUGCCAAAUUGAUACACCGGAACCAGCACGUGGAGCGGGUCCAUUUCCCGGACAAGACGUCCUGUCCGUACGGAUGUCAAGUCAAGAUUGACUCGGAGGCUGACUGGGUGACGCAUUUGGAGGGGUGCGACUCACCAAAAAUGAGUACGGAAUCUGACUUGGUUUGCCAAUAUUGUCCCGCCGUGUUGCGCAACGUCCUUCUGCAGAUUGAACAUCGGUUGCGCGUCCAUCCUGAAAAUAUGUACCCGUGUUCUCUUUGCGGGCAAAGUUUUACCACUCAGACCAUCCUCAGUGGUCACCGGUGUGCCAUAACUGCCCCCACGACCACGGGGGAGGGGGACGUUCCAAAUUCGUGGGAAGCCGGUGUCGAUACUGAAGCAAAAUUUGUGUGCAAAAUGUGCCAACCGAACGUCACCUUUGGCACGUAUUUGGGCCUCAAGAACCACAUGAGGAAUAAGAAUAUUCAUCCAGACUUCCAAAUUUCGGCACAAAAAGAGUGGGAAUGCGUUAAAUGUGGGAUAAAGUUUGGGAAAAAGGACAAUUUCAUUCGCCACAUGAAGAACAAGAAUAUUCAUCCGGACGAGGUUAUUUCUUGUUCCUUUAUGUAUGGCCCAAUAACGACGGAAAAGCGUCCUGACCCCCCAAGACCUCCCCCCAAACCCGCCCAACCAGUGGCAUGUAUCACAUGCGGGCAGACUUUCCCGUCCAAGACAAGAUUACUCCAACACAGGUUCCAAGUUCAUCCCAGGGCUGGUCGGAAAUGCACCCUUUGUCCGAGGCUGUUUCCUCGCGUGAGUAUGUUGCAAGCGCACAUGCGCCAAAGUCACAGUGUUCCAAGGGCGGCAAAACCAAAAACGGAGCGUCACCCUUGUCCCAUGUGUUCAACUUUGUUCCAAUGGAAGCCAAGCAUGCACCGGCACGUGGAGUUGGUCCACUUUCCCGACAAGACGUCCUGUCCGUCCGGAUGCGGAACGAAGAUUGACUCGGAGGCUGACUGGGUGACACAUUUGGUGGGAUGCGACUCGCCAAAAAUGGGCGCAGAAUCGGACUGCGUUUGCCCAUUUUGUCCGUAUGUGUUCCGAAACACGCUCCUGCGGAUAGACCACCAGCGACGGGAACAUAGCGAAAAGUGCUACUCUUGCUCCAUCUGUAGGGGAAUAUUCACCCGCUCGAGUGUUCUCAGUAAUCACAGCUGUACAUAACUCUAAAUUACUUGAAAAUAAAUAGGGUAAAAAAGGACUGACUUUAUUUUAGUUAAUUUUUUUUUCAUAGAAAAUAUGACAAUGACAAUUUUUUAUGAACAAUAUUCCAAAUCAUACAAAUUCUUACAGGUAAAUAAAGUUGGCAUUUGUGCACACAAUUUUUCAAAUGCAGAAUAAAGUUUUAAAAAUGACGAACU